ACAAACAUUAUCUAUAAAUAUUUAACACAAACACAGUCGACAGGAAAAAACAGGAAAACCUUUAAUGUGGUAAUUGUAUAUUAAUAAUUGUGAACUAUUGUGAUUAUCAUCUCUACCCUACUUAAAAAUAAUAACCAUUAAAAAAUCCAUCAAGCCCGAUCCCAUCCAUACUACAUAUUAAAAAAAGAAAUGUCAAUCUUUUCUCCACAUUACUAUAUAUAGCAGCUGAGGAACACCUUCUCAUCAUCAUAAUUCAAAGGUCACAGAAUGACGUUAUUCUCUUCAAUGUCAGGGUACACCUGAUCAGGGUUCAGUUUACCCCCUACACAGCUACCAGAAUUUACAGACUUUGAGAUGGCAUCCAAACCACAGCAACAGGCCAAGAAACUUGGCUUUGUAGAAGUUUUUGCCCUCAGUGGUGCUGCCGCAGUUAUAUCCAAGACUGCAGCUGCCCCCAUUGAGCGUAUCAAGCUGGUCGUGCAGAACCAAUCAGAAAUGGUGAAAGCAGGGACACUGGAGAGACCAUUUAAAGGAAUUAUAGACUGUACCACCUGGAUUUACAAGAAUGAAGGCUUGAUAUACUUCUGGAGAGGCAACAUCCCCAACUGCAUUCGAUAUUUCCCAACACAGGCCCUCAACUUUGCCUUCAGAGAUAAAAUCAAAAAAAUUUUUGCAUCUGCGCCAAAUGAGCCUUAUCCUGUAACAUUUAGUAAAAACAUAGCAUCUGGUGGUGUAGCUGGUGCACUGUCCUUGAUGUUCGUCUACUCAUUAGAUUACUGCCGAACCCGUCUAGCCAAUGACAUGAAGUCUGCCAAGAAAGGCUCAGAGCGCCAGUUCACAGGAAUGUUUGAUGUCUACUCCAAAACCUGGAAGGCAGAUGGCAUCAAGGGUCUGUACCGUGGCUUUGUUGUAUCCUGUGUGGGAAUCAUAGUCUACAGAGGCUGCUACUUUGGGUUCUACGAUAGCCUGAAACCAGUCUUGCUCGGUCACGAUGCUGGAGUCGCCACUUCCUUUCUUCUGGGUUAUGCUGUUACAGUCACAUCUGGAUUAAUAUCUUACCCCAUUGACACCAUAAGGCGACGUAUGAUGAUGACCUCUGGUGGUGGGGUGCACUACAGUGGUUCCAUCGACUGUGCCAUCCAGAUCUUCAAGCAUGAGGGGGCCAUGUCUUUCAUGAAAGGCGCUGGAGCCAACAUCCUAAGAGGUGUGGCAGGGGCAGGUGUACUAGCAGGAUUUGAUAAAUUCAAGGCUGUCUAUGUUGCCUGGCGUCUGAAGUCUGCAUAACUGAAUGAGUGUACUGUAAAUGUGUUCAGUAUUUUGGGUUGCUUCAAAGACUGUUAAUACUCAGACACUGCAGAAGACUUUUAACAGAAGUGUUUUAAUGUUAAUUUGGAGAUAAAAGACUAGUGAUGAUAUUCUGAGUAAAUCAAACAAAAUGCAUCAUAUCUGCAUUGAAUUUAAUGUGAAAUAAAAUACAAUACUAGUAAUCUUGUUCAGAAUAGAACUCAAAGUAUCAAACAAGUAUUCUGUGGAUAAUUCUUUUCAGCAUUUUCACUAAAUAGCAUUCAUUUUGCAAAGCAUACGUCACUAAAUACAUGUAUUAAAGAAACAUAAAGUAUGUUUUAUUUUAAAGUGUCCUGAUUGUUGAAUUCACUGACAACUUAACAAAU